CUGACACCAAUCAUCCUCGACAAUCACAUAUCUGCAUCCCGCUGAACACUUUAUUGCCUCCAGGCUCUCCACGAAGAAGUGGGAAUUUGCCACUGCCUGCUUGUUAUAGAAACGUUGUGAGCGAGGUACACUGCAGGAUCCAUGUCAGAAGAGGAGAAUUCUCCUGUGUUGGAGACGUGUGAUUUGGACUUCUCGUAUCCUGACAUUGAUGGCAGGCCCAUUCCUGGAGUGCCACCUGUCGUCCAGAAUAUGUCAAUCAGAAUUCCAAGGGGUGCCCGCUGUCUAUUGCUGGGAAGCAAUGGAGCUGGGAAGACUACCCUGUUGAAGGUCCUUGGUGGAAAACACAUGGUCCCCAAGGAGUCAAUCACAGUGCUGGGUGUACCACCAUUUCAUAACACGGACCUGACAGCAAGUGGGAGGCUCUCGUACUUGGGAGGUAACUGGGAGAGGGACAUAGCUUUUGCAGGUUACAGCAUUCCCAUGCAGGGGGACAUCUCUGCCCUGCAGAUGAUAGAAAGUCUGCCAGGUGUGGACCCAACACGGCGAGCAAAGAUCAUGCAGGUUCUGGAUGUCGAUCCCGACUGGCGCAUGCAUCGAGUUUCAGAUGGGCAGCGUCGCCGCGUGCAGAUUUGCUUGGGUCUGCUGAAGCCACCUGAGGUGCUGCUGCUGGAUGAGAUAACCGUCGAUUUGGAUGUACUGGCAAGGGCAGACCUCCUGGACUUCCUGAAAGAGGAGUCCGAGCAGCGGGGAACCGGCAUAAUAUAUGCCACUCACAUAUUCGAUGGCUUGGAGCGCUGGCCAACCCACAUCAUGUUUCUGUCCGGCGGCAGGCUAAAAGUGUGGAGCAAAGCUGAGGACAUCCCCGAGCUCGCCAAUGAUCAGUUGUUGCAGCUUGCUGAGAAGUGA